AACGAUACUCACUUUAACAUGGAAUAUUUACUCAAAUACUCUAUCAUGGUAGAGUUCAGGCCACAUAUCUAACUGAGACAAUAGCUUCUAUAGCAAUUCAUCUCAAAUAGAGAAACCAUCAUGAUACCGACUCGAAGUACCUAUUCUUUCCCUAGAUCUCAGCAGUGGGGUUAAGAUCUUACUCCAAUUCUCCACAACGGAGACGAUCAACUGCCCCUCACCACCGAUAAGAUAUCGCAUUGUAAGGGGAAGAGAAGCUAGUAACGGCUCUUGGGUGAGCAAGUAUUCGUUCUAGCCUUGUCUUGGGGGUCAUGUGAGAAAGUGCAAAGUGAAGAAAGCCUCCCGUAGGAUACCUAAACCAACCUGUAAUUAGUAAACCAAAAAGCAAUUCCCUGUAACAAUCCAAUUCUGCGUCACACCCCGCAAUGGCAACUCAUUCACACGACGGUGGCUUGACGAGCCAUACUCAUUCUCACGAAUUUUCAGCCGCCGAGCAUGGCCACUCCCACGAGAUCCUCGACGGGCCCGGGAGCUUCCUGGGGCGUGAGAUGCCCAUCGUGGAAGGCCGUAAUUGGAACGAGAGAGCUUUUACCAUUGGUAUAGGAGGCCCCGUCGGCUCCGGCAAAACCGCCCUGAUGCUCUCCCUCUGCCUCGCCCUACGAGAGCAAUACUCCCUCGCCGCCGUAACCAACGACAUCUUCACGCGCGAAGACGCCGAAUUCCUCACCAAGCACCACGCCCUCCCCGCGCCCCGGAUCCGCGCCAUCGAAACAGGCGGGUGCCCGCACGCCGCCGUGCGCGAAGACGUCUCCGCGAACCUCGCCGCGCUCGAGGACCUGCACGUAGCCUUUGGCACGGACCUCCUCCUCAUCGAGUCCGGCGGCGACAACCUAGCGGCGAACUACAGCCGCGAGCUCGCCGACUUCAUCGUCUACGUGAUCGACGUCAGCGGCGGCGACAAGGUGCCGCGUAAGGGCGGGCCGGGGAUAACCCAGAGCGAUCUGCUGGUCGUGAAUAAGACGGAUCUGGCCGAGGCCGUGGGCGCCGACCUGGGCGUCAUGGAGCGCGACGCGCGCAAGAUGCGCGAGGGCGGGCCGACGGUGUUCGCGCAGGUGAAGAAGGGUGUUGGUGUUGAUCAUAUCGUGAAUUUGAUCAUCAGCGCUUGGAAGGCGAGCGGGGCUGAGGAGGUGUGCAAAGCGAGAGGGGGGCCGAAGCCUACGGCUGGCUUGGAGACGUUGGGGUGAGGCGGUGGAUUAAGUCUAAGUCAAGUCCAAGUCGUUCUUACGGGUUACCUAUGAGAGGCCACGGGCUUGCUUGUUACAAUAAUAUGAUACCAUGAAAUCAAAUCUUCACUUAUAGAAAAAUGUUGCGGAAUAAGGACGGAAUCAAAAACAUUAU